AUGUUUUUUCCCGAAGCUCUUCUUGGCCUAUUCAUACGGUUAAUUCUGGUAAGAGGGGCAGAAGCGGACUCUGAGACGAUAUCCAUUCCAGGAAAUACUUCAGACACGCGACCCCCUAUAACAGCUGCAGCCGACUCGUGCUGCUUCAUCGUUCAAGACCAAAUAGAUGACUACUACUGGCGUACUUACACAUUUACGGUUACUGAAACUGUAUAUGCGGUGAAGACGCAGGUGUCGGUCUUCCCAACCGGGAGGGUCACAAACAUUGAUACGAGUACAUAUACGAGAGUUAACCCAACAUAUCGACCGCCGCCCGGGACAUUUUUUGAUGCGAUAUAUCGUGUCACUGACCCACUAAGACCGCCUGGAGGCUAUAUAUCUAAUAAGGCGCCGGGCGUGAAAAUACGUUCGACGCAGUUGGGUAGCAAGGAUGGGACAAAGAUUAUCACUGCUGGGACGACAAUUUUCUCCCCAAGAGCAUUCAAUGUAUACAAAUCCUUCAAAAUCAUAACGGUCCCACCAGUAAUCGAUGGCAGUGGGAAUGCUGUCUGCGUCACCGUCUCUCAACACCCAAACCAACCAGAUAUGGGUUUACCCGGUAGCAGAAGCUUUACAGGACUGAAUACCUACGCUCAAGCGUACUACGGCGGACUGGGGAUCUGUACCCCAGAAAUCAUCUCUUUCACAGAGACAAUGGAAGACGACAAUGGUGGCACCGGUACAACAACCAAAACGUUCGUAACAACUGGGGCCGUCACAAUAGAUUGCAUAUACACCCCAACCGAUAGUGCAAGACCUUCUGUCGUAACAGAGAUUACGUUAACAAAACCCUACGUCCGAAUACCACCUGCCUCCGAAACAAUCACUUUCAACAAUACAGAUUGUACUGUUGCAAACGAUGUGCCUCAGGAGAUGUGGGGUUACGUCCCGCAAGAUGUUAUCGAUUAUAUAGUUUCCGAUCCAUUUUACAGAUCGUUAUAUCCUGAUAUUACCAAAUGCCUGGCGGGAGGACCGCAGAUUUUCCCGCGGACGGUGUUUUUCUGUGAUAUGCCAAUGGUUUUGGAUCCUAGGGUUACUUUGACGUCUUAUGACGAUGAGGUUAUCACGAUUGGCUCGGAAUUCUUUCCUACGACUGGAGGGUCGGGCUCGAGAACUCGCGAACCGGCUCAAGCAGACACAACUACCACACCUUCAUCAAAUGGUGACCCUUCAGAACCCCCCCAACCAAAUCCUACCGACGGACAGCCCGUCGAAACAAAUCCCCCAUCCACAUCAGGAUCACCAUCAGAUAACCAACCCGUCGACGAACCACCAAACUCACAAUCAUCGGGAUCUAACCCCCAGAAUCCAACAUCGGAUUCGACACCAGGAAGGCCUUCAGACUCGGGGUCUCCUCAAGGCCCUGGAAACGAGGACCCCUCGUCCCCCAGCACAGCUACCACAACCCCGGGAGCGGGGAAUACCGGUCCUGUAACCGGUACACCAAGCACAGAGCCGCCUAACAAUUCCAGCAUUUCAAUUACACAUAUGGUGCCUCAAUACCUUAUACAACUUGUCGCACUUGUUUCAUUUCUUGCUACAUUGCUUGCCGUAUAG